AUGACAUUUAAAGAAGUAGCACUUGUGAUCGGCGCAUCUCGAGGGAUUGGACGACAAAUUGCAAUUGAUCUCGCCAAGGACGGAUAUGCAGUGAUCGUAUCCGCCAAAUCCACCAGCGAUGCCUCCGCAACUCAUCCUUUCCCACCUAACCCCAAUUCAUCUGCCUCAACCAUCUCCACCGUCUGUCGGGAAAUCGUUGAAUCGGGGGGAACAGCCACUGCCAUACCAUGUGAUGUUCGCAACCAUGCCGAUGUCUCCUCUCUCGUUUCCCAAGUCAUCUCAACUUAUGGACGCAUCGACGUACUGGUCUACAACUCCGGCGCCAUAUACCAUUCCUCCGUGCUCACCACCCCCUUAUCCCGUUACAUGUUAAUGGAAUCCGUCAAUCCUAAUGGUCUCUACGCAUCCAUCCAAUCUUGCGUCCCGCAUUGGAAAGCCCAAAAUUGGAAAGCGAGGAUAAUAGUUAUAUGUCCCCCAAUCUACUCCCGAUUUUUCCGGGGCAAAACCGCAUAUGCUAUGGGAAAAGUAGGAAUGAGUGUUUUAGUACAGGGACUCGGAAUGGAUAUUGCGAGAAUGGGAGAAGAGGCCAAAGAAAUGGCGGUUACGGGACUGUGGCCCGCGGUUGCGAUUGAGUCUGCAGCGACCGCUCAUUUUUCCUCGCCCGACGAGCAUUUGAGACAUCCUAGCAUUUUUUCUGAUGCUAUUUUGUCGAUCUUAAAGGCACCAUCUAAGGAUGUAAAUGGUCUUUUGACUUUGGAUGAGGACUAUUUGAGGGAUCAUGAUGGAGUGACAGAUUUUAGUAAAUAUGCUUUAGUGCCUGGGACUACACCGAGGAGGAUCAUGCCGGCCAAGUUUCCGGAUUUGACGGUUGAGGAACAGGAUGAUGAGGGGACGAGAUUGGAUAGUGCGAAGAAGGAGGAGGAUGGGAGGUUGAGUAAACUCUGA